AUGUUUCGCCCAUCUCCUUAUUACUUUCAUGGACCCACAACACGAUCACAAUCUGUACUCGCAGCCCUACUGCGUAUUCGACAACAAUAUCAACGUCCACAAUCAUCACAGAAUCGUCGGGAUCUCUCUAUUCCUAUAAUCUCCGCCCCAAUAGAUCACACCACUUCUCUCAUUCAAGAAAGACAACAACUCGUAGUGGAGGCGAUGAAAUUACUUCGCAAGGAGAUGCGUAGUAGUGAAGAUCUCUCGGAUGUAGAUGCCACCUCCGCUUCUUUCUGUGUAGAAGUUGGAAAAUUAUUAAGUGUUGGCGCUGCCUUUGGGGCUUCUACAUCCACACCUCGUAUCGCAGAGGCUUUGCAAUGGGUGCGAGUCAAUAAAAAACAUUUAGUCUCUACUCGACAAGUAAUGUCUAUUUGUAUGCCAUUACUUAAUCUAAAGGAUGGGAAAACUACAGGGAAAAGGUUUAUUAUGGAAGAACUUUUUUCACCUUUAUUAUCGGUAUUAGAAGUACCACUCUCUACAGGGAUAUCAACAGAAUCGGAGUUAAAACAACACCGAAAUGCGGUGAUUUCUGUUUUUAGUCUUAUUGGGCGUUUAAUGGAAAAUGGAGGAAGUGAAAGUGAAGAGACAAAACAACAACAACAAGAAGAAGAAGAAGGUGAUCAGACAUUAUUAAAUAAUAAUAUGAUGUCUCUUCAGGAGGAUCCCGCAAUGCGUGAAAAGAUUACAAAUCUCUUAACGGCUGCUGUGAAUGCUAUUCUCUCGUGUUCAAAACAAACAUUACCUCCAAUUGAAGUAACAGACUGUGUACACAUUUUACAGGCUUUUCAACGCCUAGAGAGUGUUGACAGCAAUAAUAAUAAUAAUAAUAAUAAUAAUAAUAAUAAUAAUAAUAAGGAUAAUGUCAUUAAAAGUGUAAAAGAUGGUUUAAUACGUAUACGUCCAUUAAUAGAUGCAGCACUUGGUCCUUCCACUGCAGGGACGACAAAACGACCGGCAGAUGUUUGUCAUUUAAUUGCGGUAUCAUCCAAGUUAGAGGAGAAACAACACAUGAUGGAACUUUCUCGUGCUGCUCUUUUACUUCUACCACCAUCCUUAGCUUCGGCAACAGCAAAAGAUAUAUGUGUGGCAUUUCAACUAUUAGUUCGAUUAAGAAAUUCAGCACCAAAUGUUGCAGAAAAAGUUAUUAUUCGACGUUUUAUAGAAGCGGCUCGACCAAGACUUUUUAUGAUUGCUGAAACUCAUUCUAAUACACUUCGACAUAUUGAGUGUUCUGUGCUCAUGUCGAAUCUUUCACGUCUUGAUGUUAAAGUAGCAGAAGAUUUAAUAAACCUUCUUUGUAGUUGUUUUACUUCUCAUAUGGAGUUGGCCCAUUCGGCUCAACUUAUUCCUUUUCUUCAGGGAAUCUGUAGAUGGAGUGAUUCGAUAUCACGAUCUAUGAUGAAUGUUUCUCCUAUUUGGGAGAAUUCAUCUUUACCAGCAAUGCUUCCUUGUUUAGAUCAGGCAAUAGACCGUGUGAUUGUAUGGGGAUUGGAGGGUUCGUUAACUACAUUGGAGUCUGCACAGUUUCUUCUUGUUUUCUCUCAACUUCAGUGUCCACGGGUGGUUUCAUUAUAUGCGGCUUUGGAACCAAAACUGAUAGAAGAUGUAAGGCGUUUGUCUACAGUGGAUGAUAAAGAUAAGAUAGAUAAGCAAACGGAAAAUAUGGGGAAUAUGGAAUCUAAACAAGAAAUCCCUACAAAUGUAGCGAGUCUUACAUCUAUUCUUAUGCAGGCUUUGGAUGCAUUUCAACAAAAAGCCGUAACAAUAACGCGAGAAGAAGAGGAAUUACUACAACGGGCAGGAGAACUUCACACAACACUGCGAAAUAACGCUAUGAAGAGCAUUACACAAAUAAAAGAACCUAAGAGUCUAGUAAUGGUUUUACAUCUAUUUACAUCUGGAGAAUCUGUAUCCACUGAAACAAGAAGAAAAUUAACCGAAAAGGAAGAAGAAGAAGAAGGAGAGGAAGAAGAAGAAGAAGAAAUAGAAGAAGGAUUACAUCCGAAAGGAAAUAGUACGACUCCAUUAACAUUAGGGACUAAAUUUAAAACAUCUAAUGAUGAUAAUAGUUCCUCUUCGUGUUUACUGGAUGCGGCAGGUGAGCAAGUUUCUCUUCUUGCUUCUCAAGCUAAUGCAUACGAGGUUGGAGCUCUCGCAAAGUGUAUGGGUGAUCUUCUCUCAAAAGAUCUUAUUGGACGAACAUCUGCUUGUAAAGCCAUUCAAGCACUUUUAGAUCGUAGUGAAGAUGUUGAAUUAACCUUUUAUGAUAUCCAAUCUCUUCUAGAUGGAAUUAUAAAAACAAAUAUAUCUUCUAUUCCAUCAUCUUUUCUUAAUCGUAUUACCUUUUUACUACAAUCAUCACCCAAUAGGACCACUUGGAUGUUAAGACGUUUAUUACCAUGUCUAAAAAAUGCCUCAUUAAAACAAAGUGAAAUGGAUGCGUUAAAUAAAUUGACAAGAGUGUCGAUGGAAAAUGCUUCUCAUUUAGUUUCAACUCAUCAUUCAACAUCUUUACCACUUCGUGAUAUGGCUCUUUUAGCUUAUGUAUUGGGACAAAUGUACAGUAUUUUAGUUGAACUUCAAGCAGAUUAUUUUACGGAAUCUGAAACUGUACUUGGAGAGGAGAAUAAUAUUAUACAUACGAAUAUGAAUCAUCAUCAUCAUCAUAAUGAGGAGAAUGAUGUUGAUGUGGAAGAAGGUGAGGAAGGCGGAUAUAUUAAUGUUCAAAAUGAAUUUUUACUCUGUACCAAUAAAACCUUUAUGGAUUUAGGUGAUGCUGUUUGUUUAUGUUUACAAGAGAAAGGAAGUCAUUCUUUAGAUGAUAGGAUUAAUAAAUUACAUCAGAUAUCUCCACAAGAAAUUGUAAUUCUUGUUCAAAGCUUUGAAAAAGUAGGUGUUAGACAUCAUGCCCUUUUAUAUGAAAUACUUCCUUUAGUACGAGAUAUGUCUGCAGAAAUGGAACCAUUAGAACUUUCACUUUUAUUAAAUGCCUUUACACGCCUUGGUGUAUGGAAUGGACGAGUUUUAAAUACAUUAGCUCGUAAUGUAUCUGAACAAGUAAGAAGAUGUACACUUAAACAAUGUCAAACCAUUCUACAGGCUUUACAAUCUUCACAAUUUUUACGUUCCAAUGCAUUUUUCUCAACACCUUCUUAUAAAGAAAGUGUUCAACAAGAUUGGCAUUCUGAAAUCUCUCAAGAUAGAGAUACAGUAAUGAUGAAUCCACUUGUUGUACUUGCCUCAACAGUAAUUGAACGUAUGAGUUCAUUGGUAGAAACUUCUGCCUCUGUACGUGCUUUAUUAGAAUCCCAUAGUUUAGAAGAUCUUGUCUCUGUAGUUCGCGUUUUGGGAUAUUUUGAUCGUCCACCAGAACCCGUUUUUGAUACUUAUUUUGCCGCAAGUGUAAAGAAAUUAGUUUCUGCUGGAAUGAUGUUAACAAGUGAUGUUUCUCCAAAUAUAUACCGAAAACAGUUUCUAGCGGCAGUUUCAUUGUCUGGUUUUGUUUGUAAAGUUCGUCGUUAUGAUCGACAACGGGUAUCUGCAGAAGCUAUUAUCUCUUCCCUUACCCCAAAGAAGAAAAAUAUUUCUGAAUCUUCCUUUAAUAAAGAAAGAUUACGUUUAAUGCCUGAAGAAAAAGUUGCUGAACUUUAUUAUUCACAUUGUAUGUUUGCUAUGAUUUAUGGAGUUUCAUUUUCUACAGAAGAGGCUUUACCGUAUUUACAAGUCAUUUCUGAGAAAUUGCGGGAAGAAGAAGUGGCACGAAAUCCUCGACGUGUUAGUGUUGUUUUACGUCUCUUAACAAGGAUAAGUUCUCUUCAUAUUGGGAAUGUUCGUUUAGUUUCUGAUAUGGUGUUAAAUUCAGCGGAUUCUAUUUUUUGGCGAAUGCAAAGUGAAACAGAGAAGAUCAAUACACAUGAAAAUAAUAAUAAUAAAAUAUCUCUUUAUUCAGCCGCAACUAUUGUCGUGUUAAUGGAAUCACUUUGUGUUGGUAGUCUGAUGGUUUCAGGUUCCGCACGAAAACAAAAGGAGGGACAAUUACUUUCUUACUUUGCAGAGUAUUUAAUAACCCUGAAAGGAUCAGAACUCUCCGCGGCGGAGGGAUGUACAAUAUUAUUAGCCAUGGCGAUCACAGCGGCUUCCUGUCAACAUCGUGAAGAUCCUUCAUUCACAGAAAAAGUACAACGUGUUAUUCUUAUGCAGGAAAAACAACUCUCUGUACAUGAUGCCGUUAGUCUUCUCAUUGCUGCAGCCCUUUCCCAUCCGAUGACACCAUUACAAGAAGAAACGAUUCAGUGUGCCACACGUAUAUUAGCAUCUCAAUUGGGAAAAACAGAUCAUACAGGACUGUGGUUAUUACCAGAGUUGUAUCGACUUGUAACAGCAGGCGAUGCGUGUGUGUUAACGUGGUGUUUGCAAUUCCCAUCCUCUGCAGAUGUGCCGUUGUUGCUAUUAGAGCGAGUGCCAGCCGCACUGCUGCGUGCACACCGCACAGCUGCAAAGAACACCGUCCCCACAUUAUCAUUCUCUUGUCGACAAGAUAUCUUUGAACGCUAUCAACAGUGUCUGACAGAACGACAGCAGCAGCAGCAGCAGAAGAAGAAGAAGGAGAACAAAGAGAGUGAAGAGGAGGAGGCGUUCAUGAUAAAGGAAGAAAUGAAAGUGCUUGAAGAGCUUGUAAAGGAAUAA